CCAGAACGCUCACGGAACAGGCGGUGUAAUUCCAUGCUCCUCGUAAGUAUGUUAGCCCUGCGGGGAACUGAGCUUGCCAGUCUACUUGCAGAGGAAAAGUAGAUUUGGAAGGGGUCAGUGCAUAAGUGACUUCCCCCUCCGUGAUAAGGGCAUUUUGCUGAUCGCCAGUGACUGCCUGGUGUCUCCUGGUCACACCCGGCUGGCUCUCACUCCCAGAUAUUUGAUUUUGCGAAAGGGAUACACCUAUCUGCAGGAAAGAAGACACUGACCAGAUUGCGAGCGGUGCUUGUGGAUGCUUUGCAGCUACCCGGGGCCCAGGCGGACUGACUCUGCAGGCGUGUCUGUGCAUGGGAAUCGGAGACCAUGGCAGUGCAGCUGGUGCCCGACUCUGCUCUCAGCCUGCUGAUGAUGACGGAGGGCCGUCGAUGUCAAGUACAUCUUCUUGAUGACAGGAAGCUGGAACUCCUAGUACAGCCCAAGCUUUUGGCCAAGGAGCUUCUUGACCUCGUGGCGUCUCACUUCAAUCUGAAGGAAAAGGAGUACUUUGGGAUAGCGUUCACGGACGAGACGGGACACUUAAACUGGCUUCAACUAGAUCGAAGAGUUUUGGAACAUGACUUCCCUAAAAAGUCAGGACCCGUGGUUUUAUACUUCUGUGUCAGGUUCUAUAUAGAAAGCAUUUCGUACUUGAAGGAUAACGCCACCAUCGAGCUCUUCUUUCUGAACGCUAAGUCCUGCAUCUACAAGGAGCUUAUUGACGUUGACAGUGAAGUGGUGUUUGAAUUAGCUUCCUAUAUUUUACAGGAGGCAAAGGGAGAUUUUUCUAGUAAUGAAGUGGUGAGGAGUGACUUGAAGAAGCUGCCAGCCCUUCCCACCCAAGCCCUGAAGGAGCACCCUUCCCUGGCCUACUGUGAAGACAGAGUAAUUGAGCACUAUAAGAAACUGAACGGCCAGACAAGAGGUCAAGCAAUCGUGAACUACAUGAGCAUCGUGGAGUCCCUCCCUACCUAUGGGGUUCACUAUUAUGCAGUGAAGGACAAGCAGGGUAUCCCGUGGUGGCUGGGGCUGAGCUACAAAGGAAUCUUCCAGUAUGACUACCACGACAAAGUGAAGCCAAGGAAGAUAUUCCAGUGGAGACAGUUGGAAAACCUGUAUUUCAGAGAAAAGAAGUUUUCCGUGGAAGUUCAUGACCCACGAAGGGCUUCGGUGACCAGGAGGACAUUUGGGCACAGCGGCAUCGCAGUGCACACGUGGUAUGCGUGUCCGGCAUUGAUCAAGUCCAUUUGGGCCAUGGCCAUCAGCCAGCACCAGUUCUACCUGGACAGGAAGCAGAGCAAGUCCAAGAUCCACGCGGCGCGAAGUCUGAGCGAGAUCGCCAUCGACCUGACCGAGACGGGGACGCUGAAGACCUCAAAGCUGGCCAACAUGGGCAGCAAAGGGAAGAUCAUCAGUGGCAGCAGUGGCAGCCUGCUGUCCUCAGGUUCUCAGGAAUCAGACAGCUCCCAGUCGGCCAAGAAAGACAUGCUGGCUGCCUUGAGAUCCAGGCAGGAAGCUCUGGAGGAAACGCUACGUCAGAGGCUGGAGGAGCUAAAGAAACUCUGUCUCCGGGAAGCGGAGCUCACGGGCAAACUGCCUGUCGAAUAUCCCCUGGAUCCAGGGGAGGAACCACCCAUUGUUCGGAGAAGAAUAGGCACGGCCUUCAAGCUGGAUGAGCAGAAAAUCAUGCCCAAAGGAGAGGAAGCCGAGCUGGAGCGCCUGGAACGGGAGUUUGCCAUCCAGUCCCAGAUUACCGAGGCCGCCCGCCGCCUGGCCAGCGACCCCAACGUCAGCAAAAAACUGAAGAAACAAAGGAAAACCUCUUACCUGAAUGCACUGAAGAAGCUGCAGGAGAUUGAAAAUGCAAUCAACGAGAACCGCAUCAAGUCUGGGAAGAAACCCACCCAGAGGGCCUCGCUGAUCAUAGACGAUGGAAAUAUCGCCAGUGAAGACAGCUCCCUCUCAGAUGCACUUGUUCUUGAGGAUGAAGACUCUCAGGUUACCAGCACAAUAUCCCCCUUACACUCGCCUCACAAGGGACUCCCUCCUCGGCCACCGUCGCACAACAGGCCCCCUCCUCCCCAGUCCCUGGAGGGACUCAGGCAGAUGCACUAUCACCGCAGCGACUAUGACAAGUCCCCCAUAAAGCCCAAGAUGUGGAGUGAGUCCUCCUUGGAUGAGCCCUAUGAGAAGGUCAAGAAACGCUCCUCCCACAGCCAUUCCAGCAGCCACAAGCGCUUCCCCAGCACGGGAAGCUGUGCCGAAGCAGGAGGAGGAAGCAGCUCCUUGCAGAACAGCCCCAUCCGUGGCCUCCCCCACUGGAACUCCCAGUCCAGCAUGCCGUCCACACCGGACCUCCGGGUCCGGAGUCCCCACUAUGUCCAUUCCACAAGGUCGGUGGACAUCAGCCCCACGCGACUGCACAGCCUCGCACUGCACUUUAGGCACCGGAGCUCCAGCCUGGAGUCCCAGGGCAAGCUCCUGGGCUCGGAGAAUGACACCGGGAGCCCCGACUUCUACACCCCGCGGACUCGUAGCAGCAACGGCUCGGACCCCAUGGACGACUGCUCGUCGUGCACCAGCCACUCGAGCUCGGAGCACUACUACCCGGCGCAGAUGAACGCCAACUACUCGACGCUGGCCGAGGACUCGCCGUCCAAGGCGCGGCAGCGGCAGCGGGCGCGGGCGGCGGGCGCGCUGGGCGCGGGCAGCUCGGGCAGCAUGCCCAACCUGGCGGCGCGCGGCGGCGCGGGGGGCGCGGGCGGCGGCGUGUACCUGCACAGCCAGAGCCAGCCCAGCUCGCAGUACCGCAUCAAGGAGUACCCGCUGUACAUCGAGGGCAGCGCCACGCCGGUGGUGGUGCGCAGCCUGGAGAGCGACCAGGAGGGCCACUACAGCGUCAAGGCGCAGUUCAAGACCUCCAAUUCCUACACGGCCGGAGGCCUGUUCAAGGAGAGCUGGCGCGGUGGCGGCAGCGACGAGGGCGACGCGGGCCGUCUGACGCCGUCACGCUCGCAGAUCCUGCGGACUCCAUCGCUGGGCCGCGAGGGCGCCCAUGACAAGGGCGCGGGCCGCGCCGCCGUCUCGGACGAGCUGCGCCAGUGGUACCAGCGCUCCACCGCCUCGCACAAGGAGCACAGCCGCCUGUCGCACACCAGCUCCGCCUCCUCGGACAGCGGCUCGCAGCACAGCACCUCCUCCCAGAGCACCUUCGUGGCGCACAGCAGGGUCACCAGGAUGCCCCAGAUGUGCAAGGCCACGUCAGCUGCCUUACCUCAAAGCCAGAGAAGCUCAACGCCGUCAAGUGAAAUUGGAGCCACCCCCCCAAGCAGUCCCCACCACAUCCUAACCUGGCAGACUGGAGAAGCAACAGAAAACUCACCCAUUAUGGAUGGGUCUGAGUCUCCAACUCACCAAAGUACUCAUGAAUAGAGGAGCUACAGUGACAGCUGUUUCCUGGAUUCCUCCCUCUAUCCAGAACUAGCUGACGUCCAGUGGUACGGGCAGGAAAAAGCCAAGCCCGGGACCCUCGUGUGAGCCAGCCCGGCCUGAUCUGACCGCCUCAACGCCAUUCUGAGAUCACCUCACUGCCUCUCAUUUGCCUUACCCAGACGCACUGUCACCCUGCACCAGCUUCGGCCCUCAGCACUUUUUUUUCUCCUGUCUCCGCAUCCCCUCACCCUCGAAAACCUGACUAAGGAGACAUUCUGGAAGGUUCCGGUCCCACUGUGUGUCCCCUGGCUCUCUUGCCCACAGAGGGCCAGACACCAAUCCUCAAUGGCACCUUGGUGGCUUCCCCCUGCCAUGACAGCCCCCAGGCCAGGAACCGUCAGGCCAGCUGGCAUCGAAUUCCUGCGGACAAGUAGCAUUGGUGGAGAACAGGAAGGGGGCUGAGUACAGGGUGAUCCAGAAGGACCAUUAAGCUGUGUCCAGCCUGCCACCCAUAGGCCAACCAAGCACUUCAUGGAGAGGACGCCUCGUAGGGAUAUUCAGCUCAUACCUGAAAUAUUCCUUAAUGGGACAGCUUGCAGGGGAGUGGCUCUGGGGAAGAGGGGGAUGAAAAGGAAGCUCAACACUGCAGACAUGCAUCAGAGGAUCACAAUCAGUUCUAUGCUGCCAAAGAUUAAACAAAUAAGAAAAUAAUAAAAACACAAACAAGAGGGGCCAAGAGGAAGACAUUCUUUCUGCAAGGAAAUUUCUUUUAAAGUCUAAACUGUUAGUACACACAAGUGAAAGUCAACCAUCUGUAAAUUGGUGUCCUCUCUCUCCCUUAAUGGUCCACUUCUCUCUCUGUAGAAAGCCUGAAAAACUAACCCAGUGUGAUGGUAAAGACAAGGGAGUCUUGGCUGGCACUGCUGACGCAGACCCUCCAUCAGUCUGGACACGAAGGAACAGAGACCCGCGGGGAGUAGCAGAGUGUACUAUUAGCCCUGGUCUACGCAGGUGGUUCAGCCCAAGCCCAAGCCUCAACGCUGCUUUCCUUUCAGGAUUUGUAGUAAACAUAAGGUGAUAAUUGCCAAAAGUGGUUCUCUCUCAUUAAAACAACCAGUAAAAGUGUAUCCUAUUUUUUUGCACAAGGUGUUUCAUUUUCUUUUUUAUGGGAAACCAAGGGAAAAAGCACAUUGCGAUCCAUUCAAGUGUUUUCAGUGUCAUGGCUCAUUUUAUGUUUGUUAACAUUUGUGUGACAAAGAGCUCAGAUCCGACUUCUAUGUGUCACUUAUUCCAAGAACCCAACUAUGCCCUUAGGUAGAAAGAUUUGACUCAUGUGUCUACUAGCCAGCAGGCAGAGCAGGGUUGAAAAAAAAAAAAAAAAAAAAAAGAAAACAGCUCCCCAAGGGCCCAUGUACCCACGACAUUAGCAGUUACUUUGAUGCACAUUUGUGUGCAGAUACCAAAAGAGGAAGGAAGAAAAAUAACAUGUGUGGGAGCUGCAUGUUUACAUGUGUUUUGAGCUAUGCUUAACACACAACUGGAAAGCCAUCAAUCUUCAAAGGCCUCAAAAAAUACUUUUAUAAUAACAAGUGCACAAUCUUAGUUGGGUUAUUCAAGAUGGCACAAAAAGGUCUCCACAGAGGUGGUAUGCUGUGCUUGUUGGCGCAAGUGGGGGACAGGGGGGUAUUUUUUCUCACUUGUGAUGACUUCCUAUCGGAAAGGCAUUUGACAGCCAGGGACAGGAGCCAGGGUGGGGUAGCUUUGUGGGAAAGCAGAAUUGAAGUUAGCUUUAGCGUAAAAAACAAAAAUCUUCAUUUUUCAUGUAUGUGUAAUCCAAGAAUAACAAUAGACUCUACCAGACCAGGAGGGUAAGACUGGAUACUAAAACAAAAUAAUUACUCACGGGGUUCCCUCUGCUGCAGCCCGGAAAGCGCUGGGAGCUGAGCUGGAACAUGCACACCUGGCAGGCACCAGGUGGCCAUGGCCUCCACUAGUCUCUGUGAACGACUCAGGGCCUGCUUCCCCCAGCUCCGAGCGCAGCUGGGUUGGUGAUUCCAGCUUGUAGAAGGGAUUAAGAUUCCCAGAACACUUUAGGGGUAAACCUGCAGGAUACAUAGAAACCGAUUAUGAACUUACUAAAUGACUCCAGGGAUUGACUGGGGGAUAUUUUUAUUGCUCCUAUUUUGAUGGUCAGAGCUACAAGUUUUUGUUUGUUUUUCCCCCUUCCCGAUUUGGAAACAUUAUACAUUGAUUGGGCAAUUUUCCUUUCUCCCAAAAGAAGAUACAUGGAAUAAUCAGACUGAACUAUGUGCAGCAGGAAAAGUCACAAGGGAGCCAGAGACAGUGAUGAGGUUACACGGUUACAGAUGAUACAACAGGGAUAGUAGUUUGAAGCCAAGUUUUUAAUCGGAUGAAGCUUUUAGCCCAGUUGAGUUACAAGGAAUGAGAGUGAGUUACAAGGAAUGAGAGGCAAAAUUUCUAAAAACUUGGGUUGUGUUUUAGAUUCAGGGGGCAAAGAAGAAUGGGGUGGGAGCAGAAAUUACAGUUCUAGCAAACAUCAUGAUAGUCUGGUGGUAAAGACAGAUUAAGUAAAACAGGUUUUACUGUUUAGCUGCGUUCAGUUAUUACAAAAUGUACAUUAAAGUGUUAGUCCUUUGAGACUGACAUGAUGAAUGAUCAGUGUCGUGGGAAACGAUGUAGUUACUGUAUACAAGCACUUGCAAACUCUUUAUAUAUCCCUGUUUCUUUAAAAGAAAAUAAGAUGAAACAUGAAGUCCCUGGUCUGAUAUAAAGUCCCUAUUGGAUUCUUCGGAUACGUAUAAGAAAUUGCCUGUUUAAGCCAGAAGACUGGUGAAAACACACACAUCAGACUAUGUUGUGAGCCAGGUUGAUUUUGUUAAAUUUUAUCAUAUGCAGGUGAGUGUUGAAACUGUUAAAAUUCCAACUUCUUUUCAUUCAGUAUUAGUUUAGUUCUAAAUAUAGCAAACCCCAUCCAGGUGCUAUCAGAUGACCAGUUACUGCUUAGUUAACUAGGUGUAAAGUUUUACAUAUACAUUAAUGUCAAUAGUUUAUUACAAGUUGUGUAAAAUGGACUCUAGUUUAAUAAUGGGGGAAAAAAGAUUAGGUUGCUCCUGAAACUGACUGUAGAGCAUGUAAAAUGAUUUUACUGGAUUCUGUUCAACUGUAAUCAAUGAAAAAAAAAAGAUGUAUGUUGUAGACAAAGUUGCAGAAUUAAAAAGAAAUCUGCUUUUAAUUUAUUCUUUUUGUAUUAAGAAUUUGUAUAGUACCUUUACAUUUUGCAAAACAGUGUUGUCAACACUUAUUAAAGCAUUUUCAAAAUGAAAA